CAGGCGCAGUGGAAGUACUAUAUCCGCCACACAGAGACUGCCAGCUGCUAGCUUCGUUAGCCGCGGUAGACUGGUAGCAGUGUGUGCAUGCUUGGUGAAUGUUUGCAUUCAUAAACCCACCUAUCUCCCUCGUCCUCCUCCAGCCGGCUGAGUGUGUUUGCGGAAGCGGAGGCGCAUCUAUAAACACGCUGUGAUUGUCUGCUGUCUACACUCGGUGUCCGGUUACUCGGCAGUGGAUUCACAUCACUUGCUGUCACCGACAAAACCACCAGCAUGAUGAUGCGGUUUGCGGUGGGCCGAGGUGGCCUCAGUGUUUUGGCCGUCAGGAGGGCGACUUGUCUCUUCAGAUCUGCCCACUCUGCUCCGCAGAGCCAGUAUCGACCAAUCAAGAAGGUCAUGGUGGCCAACCGAGGGGAGAUAGCUAUCCGGGUGUUCAGAGCCUGCACCGAACUGGGAAUUCGCACCGUGGCUGUUUACUCGGAGCAGGACACCGGACAGAUGCACAGGCAAAAAGCAGACGAGGCUUACCUGAUCGGGAAAGGCCUUCCACCUGUUGCGGCAUACCUGGACAUCCCAGACAUCAUCAAAGUCGCCAAGGCCAACAAUGUGGAUGCUAUCCACCCUGGCUACGGUUUCCUCUCGGAGAGGUCCGACUUUGCUCAGGCCUGUGCCGAUGCUGGAGUCAUGUUCGUUGGACCGUCCCCGGAAACCGUCCGCAAGAUGGGAGACAAGGUGGAGGCUCGCUCCUUGGCCAUCAGUGCAGGUGUACCUGUGGUCCCAGGUACAAAUGCCCCCAUCUCCAGUCUGCAGGAGGCGCAGGCGUUCGCCCAGACGUACGGUUUCCCCAUCAUCUUCAAAGCGGCCUACGGAGGAGGCGGUCGAGGCAUGAGGGUGGUCAGAGAGUACGAGGAACUGGAAGAAAAUUACCAGCGGGCCUACUCUGAGGCCCUGACGGCUUUUGGGAACGGAUCACUGUUUGUUGAGAAAUUUAUCGAAAAGCCGAGACACAUCGAAGUGCAAAUCCUCGGUGAUAAAUAUGGUAAUGUCAUCCACCUCUACGAGAGAGACUGCUCCAUUCAGAGGAGACACCAGAAGGUUGUGGAGAUUGCACCUGCAUUUCAGCUGGACCCCCAUCUGAGAGCCAGACUCCACUCUGAUUCGGUCACCCUGGCCAAACAGGUGGGAUAUGAGAAUGCGGGCACCGUGGAGUUUCUGGUGGACAAACAUGGAAAACACUACUUCAUUGAGGUCAACUCCCGACUCCAGGUUGAACACACAGUCACGGAGGAAAUCACAGACGUGGACCUGGUGCAUGCCCAGCUGCACGUGUGCGAGGGCCGCAGCUUACCAGAGCUCGGCCUCAAACAGGAGAAGAUCAGGGUGAACGGCUCCGCCAUUCAGUGUCGAGUGACGACCGAAGAUCCCGCCAGAGGCUUCCAGCCAGACACCGGGAGGAUCGAGGUGUUCAGGAGUGGUGAGGGCAUGGGCAUCCGUCUGGACAGCGCGUCGGCCUUUCAGGGGGCCAUCAUCUCACCCCACUACGACUCGCUGCUGGUCAAAGUCAUCGCCAGCGGCAAGGACCUGAAUACAGCUGCCUCCAAGAUGAGCCGAGCCCUGGCUGAGUUCAGGGUGCGAGGGGUCAAGACCAACAUCCCGUUCCUGCAGAACGUCCUGUCCAACAACCAGUUCCUCCACUCCACCGUGGACACGCAGUUCAUUGACGAGAACCCGGAGCUCUUCAACCUGAAACCCACCCAGAACCGCGCCCAGAAGCUGCUGCACUACCUCGGUCACGUGAUGGUUAAUGGGCCGACCACCCCCAUCCCCGUCAAGGCCAAGCCCUCCUCCAUAGACCCCGUCAUCCCUCCUGUCACCAUGGGAGACCCACCUGUAGGUUUCCGGGACAUCCUUCUGAAUCACGGCCCCGAGGGGUUCGCCAAGGCCGUCCGCGCCCACAAAGGUCUGCUGCUGAUGGACACGACGUUCAGAGACGCUCACCAGUCGCUGCUGGCCACCAGGGUCCGGACCCACGACCUGAAGAAGAUCUCUCCGUUCGUCAGCCACAACUUCAGCAAUCUCUUCAGCCUGGAGAACUGGGGAGGUGCCACCUUCGACGUGGCCAUGCGAUUCUUGUCGGAGUGUCCGUGGAAGCGACUCCAGGAGCUCAGGGCUUUGAUCCCCAACGUCCCGUUCCAGAUGCUGCUCCGAGGGGCCAACGCGGUCGGCUACACCAACUACCCCGACAACGCCGUCUUCAAGUUCUGCGAGGUGGCAAAAGAGAACGGCAUGGACAUUUUCCGUGUCUUCGAUUCCCUGAACUACCUUCCCAACAUGCUGCUGGGGAUGGAGGCCGCCGGGGCGGCGGGCGGCGUCGUGGAGGCCGCCAUCUCGUACACGGGCGACGUCUCGGACCCGACGAGGCAGAAGUACUCCCUGGACUACUACGUGAAACUGGCAGAUGAGCUUGUGAAAGCUGGAACCCACAUCCUCUGCAUCAAGGACAUGGCUGGCCUGCUGAAGCCGGAGGCCAGCAAGCUUCUGAUCGGUGCUCUCAGGGACCGCUUCCCAGAUGUGCCCAUUCAUGUGCACACUCACGACACAGCUGGAGCCGGUGUGGCAGCCAUGCUAGCCUGCGCCGAGGCUGGAGCCGAUGUGGUCGAUGUGGCAGUCGACUCCAUGGCCGGGAUGACGUCUCAGCCCAGCAUGGGAGCCAUGGUUGCCUGCGCCAAGGGGACCAAGUUGGACACUGGUAUUGCUCUGGAGAAGGUGUUUGACUACAGUGAAUAUUGGGAAGUAGCCAGAGGCUUGUACGCUCCAUUUGACUGUACCGCCACCAUGAAAUCAGGCAAUGCCGACGUCUACGAGAACGAGAUACCUGGAGGACAGUACACCAACCUCCACUUCCAGGCUCACAGUAUGGGGCUGGGAAAUAAGUUCAAGGAGGUGAAGAAGGCUUACACUGAGGCUAACAAACUAUUAGGAGACCUCAUUAAGGUGACUCCAUCUUCAAAGAUCGUGGGCGACCUGGCUCAGUUCAUGGUGCAGAACAACCUGACCCGGGCGGAGGUGGAGGAGAGCGCCGACGAGCUGUCUUUCCCCCUAUCCGUGGUGGAGUUCCUGCAGGGCUACAUCGGGGUCCCACAUGGAGGGUUCCCAGAACCGCUGAGAUCUAAGGUGCUGAAGUCCCUGCCCCGCAUCGAGGGUCGACCCGGUGCUACUCUGCCGCCGAUGGACUUCCAGGCCCUGGAGAAAGGACUCCGAGAGGCACACGGAGACGAAAUCACCCCCGAGGACGUCAUGUCAGCAGCCAUGUACCCCAAGGUGUUCCAGGAGUACAAGGACUUCACCGCAAACUUCGGUCCAGUGGAUUGUCUCAACACCAGGCUCUUCCUGGACGGACCCAAGAUAGCAGAGGAGUUUGAGGUGGAGCUGGAGAGAGGGAAGACCCUCCACAUCAAGGCCUUGGCGCUGGGCGACCUGAACAAGGCCGGUCAGAGAGAAGUGUUCUUCGAGCUGAACGGCCAGCUGAGAUCGGUGCUGGUUAAAGACACCGUCGCCAUGAAGGAAAUGAAGUUCCACCCGAAGGCUCAGAAGUCCAUCAAGGGUCAGGUGGGAGCACCCAUGCCAGGAAAGGUCUUGGAGGUUAAAGUGAAAGUCGGCUCUAAGGUGGAGAAGGGUCAACCACUGUGUGUCCUGUCGGCCAUGAAGAUGGAGAUGGUGGUGAACUCGCCCAUGACCGGCACCAUCAAGGCCGUCCAUGUCGCGGUCGACGCCUCCCUGGAGGGAGACGACCUCAUCCUGGAAAUUGAGGAAUAGAGUUUAAGGGUGAAUGGAGGGAGGGAGGCAGUCUGAUACUGGAAACGGUGAGAAGUGGAGGAACGGGGGGGAUUUAUUAGAAGGAUGAGACAAACCUCCUUCUGUGCCCCCACCACCACCUGGGUUUGUACAUAUAAUGUGUAGAUGCACCACAAACACAUCAUGAUGCCCUCUGUGCAUAUCAGUAAUAUAACAUAAUAUAUCAUCAGUAAUAACUGGAUGGACAUUUCAAAUAAAGUGUUAGUUUGAAUGUUUACUAAUGUCCGUCAAAUGUGACAAAUAACACUUUAAAAGUUUAUAUUUGAGAUGUGAUACAUUCCACUGCUGAGUGUCGAGUCUUUAAUGCAGGGGUGUCCAAAGUCGGUCCUCGAGGGCCGCUGUCCUGCUCGUUUCAGAUGUUUCCACAUACCUGAUUCUAAUUAAUGCUCAUCAUUAGAAACAUCUAAAACCUGCAGGACACCGGCCCUCGAGGACUUUGGACGCCGCUGCUUUAAUGUGAUGUGCUGAUCUGCCUGGAGUGAAAGGCCGCUGUAGCCACGCCAGCGCUGCUGCUGUCGCCUCGUACGCUGUGUGAUAUAGUUUUGAUAUCUUUAUAAUUUAAAGAGGACGAAUCAUCAAGCACAAGUUUGUUUUUUUCACGCCCACCUUUGCAAGACUUCAAAUGUUAACAGCGCUGUAGAUUCCCAGAAUGCACAUGAAACAACAUGAAUCAUUUUACAACCAAAAAAAAAAAAAGGCAAAAGCAGCAUAUCAGUAAUACAAAGUGAUUCCCUUUCUUUCUUUUCUAAAUCUGCGAUAGUGUUUGAAAUUCCCCGGCACCAGUGCAGUUUUAUAGCGUCUCAUCACAGUCAAACAGAUUAGGUGAACAAUCUGUCCUCGCAGGGAUCUUUAACGUCACCUGUAGCUGCGACUCCAUGCUGCUGUAAAAAGGCCCCCAAUCUGCUGAUUAAUUUAUUAAUUAUUGGUCAAAUCAUGUGAAAUUAUUCAGCUUAAAUAAAAAGAAGCUCCAGAGAAUCCCAACACUAAGCUGUAUUUUGACAGCAUGUUUGCAUAAAUGAGUGUUAAACACAAAAGGGAGAAAACGUCAGGCAGUUCUCCACAGUGUACCUCCCAAGAUGAGAACACAUUCAGGCAGAUAUGAAAUAUUGAUGCUCACACUGGUGCAAAAAUGUUUAUACUAGCCCCCGAGUGCUGUCUGGAUCAAAGGAAAACAAAACUGAAGUCUCUGCAAAGUGUUGUGGCCAUGUAGCCGUAACACCGUUCACAGGGUUUAUCAACAGUCGGGCCAGAAAGCCGCUCUGUUAUUUGAUGAUGCGGUGAAACGCUAAACUCGCACGAUGAGCCUUAAACCCCAAGGCCGCCGAAGGCAGCUCGGCCAAACAAAGAGUCACACUUCACUCAAUACGGUGGCACAAAGACGAGUGUGAGGCGGUGGGCCCCAAGACAAAAGCACAUCUCGUGUAAAAGUUUCUGCUCCAUUGACAGAACCGUAGGAUUUGCUUCCAGACGCUCUGCUUCAUUACCUCUGAGAAUGAAAACCCUUUUGAGUCAUUCAUCAGCGGAGAAACGAUGGCGCAGCUAAUUAAAGCUGCGUCCUCGUAUCUUCUGCUCUUUCAAACUGGCUGAAUGUUUUUGAUCAGCUCUUGCACACAUGUAAAGUCUCCCCUCCUCUCCUCGUGGGCCGUUGCUGCCUCCCCUGUCCGACCAGCGGUCCUCAGCGGUCCAGCCUUCCCUCGACAUGUACGAUAUUUGCACAUUCAAGAUACAGACAUCAGUUCAUGCAAUAAUGUAAAAUAUAUCCGUGAUCGUGUUUUAGCCAGCAGUGAUUUAAAAGCCAUGGUUCUAGUGAUGCAUUGAUGUCUGUGAAAAAUCAUUAAAAAAAAGUUAGAAUAUAAGAUUCUUUCUGCAUGGAAAUCUCUCAAAUUCCUUUGUUGUUUUUCUGAAACCUGUUUGUUUAUGUAAGUUUACCGCGAAUGACUGCUGAUUCAAGAUGAAAUUUCUAUCAGUUUCUAACUUCUGUUCAUUGUAAUCUAUAACGUAGUUUGCACUGCUUAGAGAUUAGAAAUACUUUUAAGUCUUAAGAGUGACUGAUCUGGAGAAGAAGGGAAGAAAUAUGUUCUGUCUGGACUUAAAAUAAAGUUGAACUAAAUGAGA